CUAAAAGAAUUGAAACUCUGAAGCCAACAAGCAGAUCACCAUGGUUGAGCUUCCGCUCUCUGUCCUCUUCCUUCCUUUGCUCAUCGCGAUCCCGUUCCUCUUCUUCCACCGUUCGGCGCGCGCACAUGCCAGCGGCAGGCUCCCUCCGUCGCCAUGGGCGCUCCCGGUCAUCGGCCACAUCCACCACCUCGCCGGCGCGCUCCCGCACCGCGCGAUGCGCGACCUCGCGCGGCGCCACGGGCCGCUGAUGCUGCUCCGGCUCGGCGAGGUGCGCGUCGUCGUGGCCUCCUCGGCCGACGCGGCACGCGAGGUCACGAGGACCCACGACCUGGCCUUCGCGACGCGGCACCUGAGCCGGACGGGCAGGGUCCUGGUCGGCGAGGGCGGCUCCGGCAUCAUCUUCGCGCCCUACGGCGACGAGUGGCGGCAGCUCCGCCGGAUCUGCACCACGGAGCUCUUCUGCGCGCGCCGCGUCCGGUCGUUCAGGGCCGUGCGCGAGGAGGAGGUCCACCGGCUCCUCUGCUCCGUGGCUGCGUCGGCCUCGCCGGUGGACCUCAGCGAGCGCAUGUCGGCGUACGUGGCCGACGCGGCGGUGCGCGCCAUCAUCGGCAGCCGGUUCAGAGACAGAGACACGUUCCUGCGGCUGCUGGAGCGUCGGGUCAAGAUCAUGCCGGCGAGUAGUUUGCCAGACCUCUUCCCCUCGUCGCGUCUGGCGAUGUUCAUCAGCCCGACACCGCGCUUGAUGAUGCGCGAACGCGAGAAAAUGAUGGCCUUCAUCGACACCAUCAUCCAGGACCACCAAGACAACAGAGCCGCCGGCGUUGACGAGGAGGAUUUGCUGGACGUGCUCUUGAGGAUACAGAGGGAGGACGAGCUGGAUCCACCUCUCACCACUGAGAACAUCAAGAACGUGAUAAUCGAUAUCUUCGCAGCGAGCAGCGAGACAUCUGCCACGACGCUGUCCUGGAUCAUGGCGGAGCUCAUGCGGAACCCGAGAGUGAUGAGAAAGGCGCAGGACGAGGUGCGGCGAGUCCUCGACGGGGAGGAGAGUGUCACAGAGGAUAGCCUCAGUGAUCUGCGUUACCUCCCACUGGUCAUCAAGGAGGCGCUCCGGCUGCACCCUCCGGCGACGCUGCUAAUUCCACGGGAGUGCCGGAGCCCAUGCCAGGUCCUCGGCUUCAACGUCCCGGCUGGAGCGAUGGUGCUCGUGAACGCGUGGGCGAUUGGCAGGGACCCGAGCAAUUGGGACGCGCCGGAGGAGUUCAUGCCGGAGCGGUUCGAGAACAACGACGUCGACUUCAAAGGGACGGACUUCGAGUUCAUCCCGUUUGGUGCAGGAAGACGGAUGUGUCCGGGCAUAGGGUUUGGCCUGGCGAGCAUGGACCUCGCGCUCGCCUCUCUCCUAUACCACUUCGAUUGGAAGCUGCCGGACGGGAUGGAGCCCGGCGAGCUGGACAUGACGGAGGCGCUGGGGAUCACGACCCGCCGCCUCUCCCACCUCAUGCUCAUCCCCACGGUCCGCGUGCCGUUGCGCGGGGAAUAGAAUUUCCCUUGCGACCCUUGUGAUCCUGUGCUAGAAUUUCUUAGUAGCUUGAUGGUCCUAGCUUGAUGACCCUUGUGAUCUUUGAUUAGUGCCCAAGCUGGCCCUGUGUUGUGAUGAAUUGAUUACCUGCUCCAAAUUAUCUUUGGAACGGGCUACACGUAGAAGUAUGUGGUUAUUGUACCAUUUUUUUUAGAUAAUUGACUACGUGAAGUCCACUCUGGAGCGUCUGUAAUCUUUAGUGCAUAUGCAUCUUUAUUGUCUAAGUGUAAUCUUUAUAUGUAUCUUUAGUGAUCGUUAUGAA